CUGUGGGAGCGGGCGGGAAGCGGCGCUGGGAGCGGGCCGGGCCGGCCGGGAUCCGCCAUGUGAGAGCCCCGGACAGCUCCAGGUGUGCACAGCGUGUAGAGUUGGAAUUGGCUUAGAGGAGAUCAGAGUUGAGAGUUGAGUUAAUUUCGAACAAGCCAGAAGAGUGUCAGAAUCAUUAAUGUAGGUGAGCCUGGUUUCCAAGUGAAAACAAAGUGCACUGCAGUUGUUACAUGUUACAGAGUACUUAACAUCUGGAUCAGAAUGUGCCUGUGUUUCGUUGCCUGUCCAGGGACAGCUCCAAACAGUUCUGUCUGUCCCGAGUAGUGUGCUGGGAAAAUACCACGAAAAUGUGUUCUUCGCAGCUUGUAAAUCUACUGCAAAAUGCACAAUUGUGAUGAAGUAUUACCUUGAUAGUAAAUAAAAUUGUUAUAUCAGGAGGUUCAAGAGCUCUCUUCCCACUUUGUGAAAGUUCCAGCUGUGUAUAUAUCCCCACUCUCAAAAUACGGGCUGGAGUUCUUUUAUAAUGGAAGUGACAUCUCAAAGUUGUCAGGUAUUCAGAAAAUGUGGCUAUUUAUCAUUACGUAAUGGGGAUAUUGUGAAAUUUGUGCACAAAAUAAAAGCUUUUGAUCAUUACUUGUAAGAUCUUGCUGAUUUGAAGUGUAUGUAUCAUCAAUAUACCCCUUUGUUUUGUUUAUCUGGCACAUUUGUUGAUACUGGAAUCAGACACAUAGAAUAGUUUUAUUUGGAAGGCACCUUUUGAUCUUGGCUUAUCUCCAUUUUGCCUCCUGGUAUCUUUUUUUUUUGCAUUCAGAAAUAGAUGUGUGCCUGCAACUACUUUUGUGGUAAUUUGAUUUCUAGAGUCAAGAUUUAGAGAUUACUUCUAUUGAGGUUUCUAAUUCUUAGGUGAAACUAUUUUUAUGCAUUGAUAGGUGUUUCAUUUUUUCCUUUUCAGUCACUUCCACACAGGCAAGCAGUUUGAGGAAGACAGUUAAGAGAAUAAGGGAUGAAGGUGUCACUUGGACUUCAGUUUCAUAUCUGCUUUCUGUGGAUAUUUGCUGAAAUAAGAGGGUCCUUUUUUUUUCUAUAAAAUCGUAAAUAUGCAUUUCCAACAAUAUCUGUGCUGCACCAUGCUGACCACUGAGAAUGAGUUUGCAGUGUUGCUGGUAUUGGCAUGUGCGUAUGUAUGCAUGUCCAUAAAUAAAUUUAUUUUAUUUUGAUGCUAAAAUCAUCCACUCUUUGAAGUGAUUUUCUAUACAUCAUGCUGUGAUUCUUGAUGAGGUAAAAAUAAAUACUUUUAAAUUUUUCUUAGAUAAAUGUCUGAAUUAGUAAAGCUUUACUGAACUGAGUGUCAGGGGUUACUGCUUUGCUCCCCAGGCAGUUCAUGAGGUUGUGUCCCACAGCACUGCCAGUGACCUCACCUGCCAGGCAGGAACUUUGCUUGUGGUUUCACUCCAGGUGUUCAGUGCUUUGGGUAGAACGUGGCCUAUCUCGCUGCAGGGAAGGAAUAAUGAUUUUCAUUGGAGUGUUCUGAUAUCUAUGGAUGCAAGAACACAAGAGCUCAAGUUUUCUAGUAACUACAGUUCAGCCUGUAUUAACUGGCUUGUGUUUCUGAGGAAGUGGGCGUUUCCUGCAUUUUUAGGAGGUAAAGUAAUAGUUUUAAAUUGUUGUGUAGUUGUCACCUAACAGAUUUUGUAUUGUAGUCCAAACCAGACAUGAAGCAGACUGACUUUCAAGGCUGUUUUCCAAUUAAUAAUAUGCCACAUGCACCUUUUGUGUGUGCUUUCCUACAGAUAAUUUGGGCAAACUGCCUCUAUCUUCUUUGAUUCCGAUGGGCAUUUUGGAGGAAGUGAAGAAUUAAUGCAAAAACCAAUUGUACAUAUUUGGAUAGUGCUGCUUGUAUUGUUAGAAAUUUGUUGCACUUCAGUUGUUGGGAGAUUAUGUGGGUUUCUUACCCUCCUUUAGUUUUGGGGUUUUUGUAUUGGCUGUGAAAUUAAACUGUUUUUUAUCAGUGGGGUAGCUUACCCUGCUUUGGGAAUGGAGUUUCAGUACAGCAGCAGUGCUGUGUGGCAUGUUAUUUAAGGCCAUGUAAGAGCACUGUAUGUUGACUUUUAAGGGAUCAUUAGUAUUUCACUGUUAUGAGAAGUAUAAACUGGUAGAAUGUUCUAUGAUCAGUCCCUCCCCUAUUUUCAAAGAUUAUUUCAAGAGUGUCUUGGAGACCCCCCUAGCUUGUGACGUACUUGAUGGCAGUUUCCCUUUGAUACAGCUAGUGUUAAUUAGUUUGGCUGUUGUAAAUCUGAAGAGUGAUGCAAAUUCAGUCUGAAAAGAGUAAGAAUGAUGAAGACUUUUGCUCAAAAACUUCCAUGGUCAUAGCUGAUAAGGUAACAUUGAUAGGUUAAAAUUCUCUUGAAUGAUAUUUGCAGUGAUGUCCUGAGUUCUCACACAGAUAGUGCAGAUACUAGGUCCUACAAAAAUGCAAGGGAGGAGUGCACUGAUUUAUACAAAUACCUGUUUAUUUUCUUGCCCUUUCUCUGUAUUCUGAGCAGUAAUGUACGGAGGGAGUAUCACAGAAUCAUUGAAGUUGAAAAGACCUCCAUGAUCAUCGACUCCAAUCUUUGACUGAUCACCACAAUGUCAACAGGACCAGAGCACUGAGUGCCACAUCCAGUCAUUUCUUUAACACCUCUAGGGAUGGUGACUCCACCACCUCCCUGGGCAGCCUGUUCCAAUGCUUAACAACCCUUUCAGUGAAGAGAUUCUUCCCUAUUUCCAACCUCAAUCUCCCUUGCUGCAGGUUGAGGCUGUCCUUUUGCCUGCUGCCUGGUAGAGGCAUUUUUGGUGUCAUGAAGUACUUUGUUUUGAUUUUGUCUUAACUUUCAUUAUGACCCUCCUGGCUUUUCUAUGCAUUUCUGUUCUCAGAUGUGCUACGACAGUAAUGGUUUGUAAUGUGGGUUUUUUCCCAAGGAUUCCUUGUUGCUGAGCUAAUUUAAGAAAAUGCAAGGCAUCUUUUCUCACACCUUAGUGUAAGUUAAAAUGAGUAUAAUUUGUGUCAUUCACCUGUCUGUGAGAACGGUGACUCAUACUUCAGUGAGUGAAGGAAAUUAAACAGGUGCAGACUUAGAAGCAGAAACCAAUGCUAUGUUGGCAGACACACAGCUUCGUGUUAUAGUUAUAUGAUGCUUCUCUGCUGCUACUGUAUGAUGUCAGUAAAAUUAAAUACCUAAUGUGGCUUGUCAACAUCUAUUCUUGUUUUUUAAAUUAAAUAAGCAUUUUCAUAGAACAUGAUUUUUGAAGGAAAUUUCUUUUGAAAUCUAAUAAGAAAUGUUAUCCUGAUGUUCAGAGGUACUUCAGUGAUCACUUCUUUGAAGAUAUAGGGCAGCAAUCCACUACUACUAAAGCCAUUUUGCGGGCUAUAUUUGCUGUAUAAACCCCUGAUGAAUAAAUGUAGUACAGAUGCAAAGAGAAUUUAUAUGAUUCUUUUGAGUGUGACUGCAUCAUCUGCUACAAAAUAGACAUGAGGCUCAACACAGAGCCCUUCUAGGACUUAGUGAACCUGGUGUGCAGAUUUGGCCUGUGCCUUCAGCCAGUUUCUUGGAUACAUAAUAGCUAUGAAAACCUUAAACGCUUUGACCUACUGUUGAGAAAAGGUUAAGAGAGGACCUAAUUGUAGACAGGUGCCCAGACUCAAAUUUUGCAGGGCUUUGCCCUAACUUUACACUAACUCCCAGGCAGGGAUGAAAGCUAAAGCAAGAUGAAAUGCAUUACUUUUCAACAAUGAGUGUACCUGACACUGGUGUGAGUUUACAGAAUCACAGAAUAUUCUCAGUUGGAAGGGACCCAAAAGGAAUCCAGCUCAAGUUGUCUUAGUUCUCACUACCCCCCAAAUGCUCUAGUUUAUAUAUUGCAAAUAAAACUGUCAUAAUUCUGAGCUAUUGUUCUAUAUGACUGUACUGAGCCUAAAUAACACAGGUUCCCUCUGCAUGUGCUGAGAUAGCAUGGAAGGUACUGAAUGGGACUUCUAACUGAGCAUGAUUUCUUUUUCUUCUUCACCUGUGCUAGUUCUGUAAGGAAUGUUAUGUGUAUAAGUUUCAUUGUGACUGUCUGGUUAACUGCAAAGGUUUUUUUUUUUUUAUUUAUUUAUUUAGAGCAUACAGUGGAUGUGUCCAAAGUUCAUUUGUGUUUUAAAGUACCUUCUUGCUUCAGUUUACUGCUAUAUGCCUGACCCCAAAAGAGAAGCGGUUAGGGAGAUGUUUCAACUUGAAGGAAGCUGUUAAAAACCUGGGGGAGUUCUUACUAGCCUUUUCAAACUGUAGUGAUCUUCCCAGAUUCUUUCAGAAAUGUUUCGGCCAUAAAUAUUUUUGUCAUGAAAGUGCUACUGCUCUGCCAGCACUGAUGAAUAAUUGAGUAUUGUUAUGGUACAGUACCCGGCUGAACAUUAUUUUGGUUAAUGUUACUAGAAAUUUAUUAUGGAGGUGCUAAGUUGAUCCUAUAUACAAACAAAAUAAAACCUUAUUGUGUAUGGGAAUAUAAUCUAUGGAUUACUUUUAUUUUCUAGAUAGUGACAUUUGGAACUUUUGUGAAUAAAUAAGAUCAUUUUUCUUCUGGCUCUUAUUCACCAAUAAAACAUGGCGAGUGGUGCCUGCUUCUCUGUUGUGUGUAAUGCCCAGAUUUUCCCCCCAGAUCUUGCUUUCCCAAAUUGAUAUGAGGAAGCUGGGAUGCUCUGGUACUAACCCUUCCAAAAUUACUGCAGCCUCAUUGCUGUCCCUGCUACAGUCAGGCCUGCUCCUGAAUGGGGUGUCCAUUGGCAACCUGGUCAGUUCUCCUCUAGCUGGAGAUUUAAGGUUGUGGCUGAAAUCGGAUGAAGGGUUCCCUUCUGUCCACUGCUGCUGUAUUUCAAAAUUCUUGUCAUUUAACCCCAGCUUUCCACAGAUGAUUUCAAGGUUACAGGAAGCAUGUAUCUGCAAAGGAACAAACUAAGGUGGAAAAGUACUCACGAGAGUAUGCUGUAGCUUGAUCUCCUUGUUUUUUAAGAGCAGAUGGGUAUAGAAUCUUGUUGUACACUGCCUUUUAGGCGGUGUGUACUUGACCUGUUUGCUUGCUCUCAAAGCAACACUGUAUGUUCCCUUGAUCCCUCUUGCCGGGUUUUUACUGCUUUUCUGCUACAAUGGUGAACAGACUUACAGACCUUUAACUCCAUCAUCCUCUCCACUCAUGGCCAGGAUGUGCUGUUUACUCCUAGCAUCUCAAGCAAAAUAAGCUUCUUUGUUUCCCAAAAGAAAUAUGAAACAACUGUGAGAACAAGGAUGUAGAGUUACUUACAGAUACAUAUAUGCAUAUGGAGAUAAUGGGGUGUUCUAACAGUCAUGACAGGCAAGGAUCACAGUGGAUUCCUAUCUCCUUGAUGUCUUUCUGGUUCUCAUGCUUUCUCUGGUAUGUGUUUACAGUCCAUUUUCAAUGUAUGGCCAUGUCCCAGGGACCAUGAAUUCAUCUAGAGAUUCUAUGAUGAAAAGAACAUAUUUUUUUUUCCCCUCUAUCAUAAGGCAUAAAAUGUCCAUCUUCUUUCUUCUCAGGUGCCUAUCCUUAAUUCAUUCCUUCUGUCUGAACCAGUGCUAGUGGUGACAAUUUAUAUUUUAAUAUUUUCUCUAGGAGUAAGUUAUUCUCCAUUUUGCUGGGUAAGAGCCCUUAGGGAAGUACGGGACAAGGAGGAACUCCACUGUCUAUUUGUGACAAACUUUCUGUAUAUCCUAGACUAGAAUGCCAAAUUAUUGCUGCUGGGGGCUGGUCUUUUGGUUUCUACAGAGUCCCUGACUCAGGUAACUUGUCUAUUUGUGUCACUUCUACUCAACACAAACCCUUCCUCCAAUUAGCAGAGAAACUUAAUCAAGAAUGGCUGAUGUUGCAUCUGUGCAUAGCUAAUAAGCCCCACAAAUCAAAGGUUUCCUGUGUUGGGUUUCUAGGAAGCUUGCUGCCCUGUCAGACACAAGUGAAGGUGACAGAUUGUAAUGGUGCAUUCCCUCCUCCCUGGUGAUUCCUUAAGUGACCUUAAAACAUUCAUAACACAAACAUGCAUCCAACUGCUGAAACUCCUGUCUUCUGCAUGGGACUGGGAUAGUGAUUCUCUGCACAACAGGCAGGGAUGCUCAGAAAAGCAAAGUUAAUCUUGCCGUAUAAUUACCCCACAGCUGGGAUAGGUUAUGUGUUGUGCUGUUUGUUUGUUAACUUCUGUCAGCUCAUAACUCUGAACUGUUUUGUAGGUUUUUUUGCUGAAUAAAAGAACUGUCCUGCCAAAGUAAUCUCUAAAGGGAUUGCUGCAGUCAUUUAACUUCUGAUAGCCAUCUUGCACUCCUUAUUUCCCACCUUAGAUUUAAGAGCCUAGAAAAUAUCUAUUUUCUCACUUAUACAUCUCAGCCAAAAGAACUCAAAUGAAGUCCCAUUUACCCAUUUUAAUGGGUAAUAACACUGGUAAGUUAGAGAACAUAUUUAGCAAGUCUGAUAACUUGAUUUUGAAUGUUCUGGGAGAGUUUUUGCCAGUUUUUAAGUCAAACAUAGUGUCCAGACAGGAAGCUGGCUUUCUUGUGUCUGCUGAAAAGAAGUUUCAUUUUUGAAGGUUGUGAAUGUGAGUUUUAAGCGAGGGUCAGCUGAUAGAGCUCCAGUGCUUCCUUUUAGGCUUUUAAUCCUAUUUCUACCUGUCAAUUUUCUUUUUAGAAUACCUGAAUUUUCGUGAUUUGAUUUAAAUUGUUCCUGUGUCCCAUUACAGCAUGUAACAUAAUAGAAAAAAAAUCCACUAGUAUAUUGUGAUACAUUGGAUAUGCUUCCUGCAUCUGAAGUCAAUGGAUGAUGUUGAGAUCUGUUUGUUCAAUUGGAAAAGCAGAUUACUCUUUACAUCUGUAGAAAUGGACAGCAGCAGUUUCAUUCAGUUUGAUGUGCCGGAGUACAGCAACACUGUUCUGAGCCAGUUAAACGAACUCCGCUUGCAAGGGAAACUCUGUGACAUAAUCGUGCACAUCCAGGGUCAGCCGUUCCGUGCCCAUAAAGCUGUCUUAGCUGCCAGUUCUCCGUAUUUCCGCGACCAUUCAGCAUUAAGCACCAUGAGUGGCCUAUCUAUAUCAGUUAUUAAAAACCCCAAUGUUUUUGAACAGUUGCUUUCUUUUUGUUACACUGGAAGGAUGUCCUUGCAACUGAAGGACGUUGUCAGUUUUCUGACUGCAGCUAGCUUCCUACAGAUGCAGUGUGUCAUUGACAAGUGCACACAGAUACUGGAGAGUAUUCAUUCAAAGAUCAGUGUUGGUGAUGUUGAUUCUGUUACUGUUGGUGCCGAAGAAAAUUCAGAGAAUCGUAAUGGCGUUAAAGACAGCAGCUACUUUGCCAACCCUAUUGAGAUAUCUCCUCCCUAUUGCUCUCAGGUGCGACAGUCAACAGCAGGCAGCGACCUUCGGGUGGAAACUACUCCAGGCAAAACUCUUCGUAGUCGUCUGCAAGAAGAAGGGCAUUCAGACCGAGGGAGCAGCGGGAGUAUCUCUGAGUAUGAGAUUCAAAUUGAAGGUGAUCAUGAGCAAGGAGACCUGAUAGUAAGGGAAAGUCAGAUUGCAGAAGUGAAAGUUAAAAUGGAAAAGUCUGACAGACCAAGCUGCUCUGAUAGCUCUUCCCUUGGUGAUGAUGGAUAUCACACUGAAAUGGUGGAUGGAGAGCAGGUGGUGGCGGUAAACGUUGGUUCCUAUGGGUCUGUCUUACAACAUGUUUAUUCAUUUACUCAUGCCUCAUCACAGGCGACAGGUGUGUCAGAAACCUUUGGAAGCAUGAGCAAUACAAGUCCUUCAAGGUCAAUGCUGAGCUGUUUCAGAGGGGGUCGUGCACGCCAAAAACGAGUACCUACAGGUCACUUACAUAGUGAUGUCCAGGGCUUGGUGCAAGGGGCUGACAGUGAAUCCAUGGUGAGUAAUCCAGGAUAUGAAAAUAGUCCACGGGAAAGAAAUGCAAGAGGUCAUUGGUAUCCAUACAAUGAGAGGCUAAUUUGUAUUUACUGUGGCAAGUCUUUCAACCAGAAAGGGAGCCUUGAUCGACACAUGCGAUUGCACAUGGGAAUAACUCCUUUUGUGUGCAAGUUUUGUGGAAAGAAAUAUACCCGUAAGGACCAACUUGAGUAUCAUAUUCGUGGUCACACAGAUGACAAACCCUUUCGCUGUGAGAUCUGUGGAAAAUGUUUUCCUUUCCAGGGUACACUAAACCAACACUUGCGAAAAAAUCACCCGGGGGUUACAGAAGUGAGAAACAGGGUUGAGUCUCCAGACAGAACAGAAGCGUUUGUGGAACAGAAAGUAGAUAAUGAUGCUUCAGCUUCUGAAGCCAUGGAUUCUAGUAUGGAAAUUCAUGCAAUGUCUAACACAUCUGAUUAAAAUCUUGCGUCUAAGUGAAACACAGACAAGCACAUUACUAAUGUAUUUUUAAAGUAUUUUAUUCAUUUAGUAAUCUUCAGUGGAAGUGUAACAGCCUUUUCAUUUUCCUGACAUUCUGGAAAUCAGUUAUAAAUGGUUUCUGGAGGAGACUUCAGAAUUAUUCUUUGUUUUUGAAGGAGGCUAAAUUGUUUGGGGUUUGUUUUUUUUAUAUUUGAAGAUGAUCAGAAUAUAAAGACAGCGUACUGGGGAAAGGCUAGGAAGAGUCUGGUGAAGUGUCCCUGCUGAUUGAUCUGAUGAAACACGAAUGCCAGUGGAGAAAGAUAUUAGAAUAACAUUGGCAGCUCUGCUGAAUGCUCAAAGAAGCUGUAAUUUCCUUUAUUUCUUAAAUCCUGUUGCUGGUAAUGAGUUACACAGCAGUUGGGAGAGAGAAUAUUACACCUUUGAUUCCUCUCCUAUCACAGUGAAAUCUGUUCACUCUUACUAACUGGUUUUGGUAGUGAGACUGUUUAUAUAUAUAAAUUUGCUUUAUAUAUAUAAAAUGCUUUCACUUUCCCUGUUCUGUGUCAAGGCUAACACCAUAUGCCACUCUAUCCGUUAGGACUCCUCUCUGCUUAGGGUUUAGAACUUCGGACUUUGGGAGGAUGGUUUUGGUUUUAAACAAAUGUUGUUUGGUUUUCAUUUUAUUAAAUCAUUACUUUGUGUGCAAAAGUGAGCAAAGUGAAUUACCUUGUUUUAAUAGCUUUGCUUUAUAACAUAUGUAAACCAAAUGCCAUAAAUCUAUUAAACUAUGGUUAAAUUGUUAAAAGGUUUUGUUAGUUGUCUAGAAUGCAAGCUGGACAACCUGUGGUGCUGACCUUUUUAUAUAUAUAGAGAUAGAUAUAUCUAUAUAUAUAUAGAUAUACACAUAUAUAUAUAUCUAUAUAUUAAAAAAAAAAUAUUAGGAAACCUAAAAGUAGCAUUGUGGUCUAAAAUGUGUUUUUACUGGCCUCAGAAUCUACCUUCAUUUUGUACUGUAGAACCAUACCAGGUAAUUAAACUUAACUUCAUCACUCUUCAUGGUUGGUUAAAACAUGAGAGAGAUGUAGUUUAAACCACAGUAUUUCCAAGCAGUAUUUUAAUAGGUCUCUUCAUAGAGAGCUGUUUUCAGGUGCACGUUGGCUUCCUACUUAAAACUCCGAGUGAUAUGCCAGCACUUGGAAUUUGUACUUUUUUUGUAUAGAAAAGCAAAUACUUUAUGGGAAUUUUGAGCAAUAUGUUAUUUCAUGUGUGAGUAUUACAGAAGCCAGUAUUGCUAUGGCUUCUCUGUUUUUUCAGUGUUUUUUCUCUUUAAAGGAGCUAUAAACAACUUUAAAAAUACUCUAAAUCUUUUUUGUUUCACCAAAUACGAGUUUUUAAUAUGGUGCUAAUUUCAUAAUUUAGGUCAGUAUAAUAUAUAACAUGUGAAACAUAAUGUUUAAGAAAAAAAAAAUCCCAAAAAACAGACAAACAAAAGCCCCCCUACACAAACCAACUCCCCCAAGAUCCCAACCAAACAGAAAAAAAAAAAAAAAAAGAAAGAAAAAAAAGAAAAAAAAAAGAAAAAAACCCAAUCCAAUACCACAAAAAAACAAUGGCUUAAAAGACCUCAAAAGCAUGGGCUGGCAAACACUACUGUUUAACAUUCUACCUGAUGAACAGAAUUAACUAUUAAACUAAUCACAUCCUUCUUUAGAAUACAGGUUUUAUAUUAUUGGGUCUUAUGUUUGUUUAGCUGAUACUGAAAAUCCAUUUGUGAACGUGCUGUUUAACUCCCAAAAGUUAGAAAAUAAAAGUGCAUUUCUGAAUUAUUGGAAAGGAAAAGGUAGGUUUGCUAUCUUGUAAAACUUCUUGGCCUCUGUGAAGCUGGGGCAUAUUUGUGCAGCGGCUUUAUUAAAUACACUAGGUCUUCAUAUUGAUGCUCUGCAAUAAGAAUUAAUUUCUCAAACAUGGAUUGACAGUAUAACCCCCACCUGCUCCACUGGAGUAGUUUCAGUUAAAUUAAGUACAUCAUUUGCCUCUUUGUCAUUAAACUGCUUAAAUUAAGAGGCAGGGGGUGGGGAGAUGUUUUUCUCCUUGAAGAAACAACAGAAAUUUUGUUUCCAGUAAGGGAAGGGAUAGUCAGUGUCGAAAGGCAGGUAGUUUAUAUGUUUACUCACUUAAAAACAUGGUGUUUCUGUUACAGUUUUUUUUCCUUGAGUGUUUGUUUUAAGUAAUUAAAUGCAAAAAGUGUGUUUUGGUAAAUUAAGUUUGAGACAUGCAAAAUCCAAGAAAUGUACAGUUAUUCUUAACCCUUUAUCUUGAACCUGAGCUGUGGUGCCUUUGGUGUGACUUUUUCCCUGGAAGGAUGACUUGAGGAUAGCAGGAUAUGGGUACAAAUUUAUAUUUCUUGAAUUUCUCUGUGUCACAAUCUUAGCAUUAUUUAAAUCUAGUUCUUUGUAUUUGUAAAUGUAUUAAAAAGGUUUGAGUUUACCAAAGAGUGACUUAUCCAAAAUUGUCUCAGACAAAAGCAAACAAGAAAACAACAUCAUGUUGAUUGUACAGGUUCAGGUUCAAAACAUUGUAACAGACUGUUAGGGGCAGGAAAUGAUCCAUUUUUCUACAAGCCGUGAUGCAGCAGUGCGCGGGCAGCGUUCGUGCCUCCAAGCCAUAGUCCAGCUCUGCGGUGCAGCAGCGCUCCGGCCGCCCCGGGCUCGGGCAGUGCCCCGUGCGCAGCUCUGCCAGACACCACCGUCACCCCUGGCAGCAGCACUGCCACUGUGCCUUGUCACAUAGCGGGGCGCCGGCAUCAGCACUGUCACAGACACCAGGCGUGACCACCGAGCAGGACGCCAUCGCUUUAGCAAAGGGUGGAAACACUGUGUGCAGUGUCUCGUGUCUGUGCAGUUCUCAGCCCAGGGCUGUUACACAUUUCAUUUACAAUAAAUGCAGAAGUCAAUAGAAUAUGUGAAGAAAUAUUUGAUUGACAGCAAAAUAAGUAAUGAAAUUACACAGGCUGGUUCAUAAUUGAGUCUCUUCUUAAUCUACCUUUUUAAUUCUAGACAAAUGUGAAAACAGUGACAGUGUCCUUUCCUCUAGUUGCUUAACCUAUUCUGACAAACUGUGAAAAUAAGGGAUUUUAUACCUUUACUAAUGUUUCUGGUUUAAAACUAUUACUUUAGUUUUCUUUAUCAGUUAUCUUCCAUAUUGCUUCUUUUAAACUUGUAAAUACGUUCAGAAAAUAGCUUUGUAAAUACUUACAAGUGUAUUAAAAGUUCAGUUUGGUCACUAAGGCCUCAAGAUUGGCUCUGCUUUUUGAGUGUGAAAUCUUUCUGUAGCAUAAAGGAUACUGUCAGUUCACUGUCAGCAGGGUAGACUGUAGGCCUAAAUUGAGAGUUUUAAUGCAGUCUUCCCCAGCAUAUAUUCAUGUUGUAUGCUGAAGCCUUUGGUUUACUUUAGACAUAACAAUGAGGCCUCUUAAUAUGUUUAGGCUGAAUUAUGGGAAGAACAACAGGAAUAAAAUCAAGGGCUGGGAAAAUAUUGAAUAAGCUUUACCUUUAAAUAUAUAUAUAUAUAUAUAUUAUUUUAAUUUUUGUAUUAGUUUACUGUGAUUCUUUUAUUGUCAUUUUUCUAAACAGGUUUUACAUGAAACCAUUGAAAGGGACUCAAAUAUGCAACACCUAAUCUAUUUUCCAGGGGAAUUUUACCCUUGAAUGGUGCUUUUUGACUGGUCAGGGUUAUUUAUUAAAUUUUAUAUUUGAAAGUAUUUGGGGAAUUAUGUAAAUUCUUUAUAUGAAUCUCUUUAUUUCAUGAAUUGUAAAUUUCAUAAUACUCAGUGAUCAAAUUGGAAGUUUAGUAAAGUCAUUCAAAAUGUUCAAACUUUAUAAUCUGUGUGCAUUUUACAUAUAUUUUAUCAAGUGCCAGAAUACUUGUAUUUAAUAUUGUAGAUUUAAUACUACUUGCACAUCCCUGUGGCAGCAUUAACUUAAGUUAUGCAAGUUUACAUUUAAAAAAAAAAAAACCUAAACGAAUAAGUAAGCCUGGGACUUGUGUUCCUGUAUUUCUUCAGGGGAUGUGAAGCCACGUAUCACUGACUGAGCAGAUUUGCUUCCUGCUCCUGUAGCUCACUCCUGCUAUGGCAGAUACAGAACUGCUGACUCCCAUUCCCACAGGCCAGGGAUUCAGCCUUUGAACUCAGCCUGAGAACCUCUGGUUGUAGAUCUGGUUAGAGGUAGAGCUCUUGCACGAUUUUAACAGUGUUUGUUUCUGACUGAAAAUUUGUAUUUUUAAAUAAAUUUUAUUUGUAUGGUUAUUUUUCAAGAUAAAUAAUUGAACAGUUUGAAUGACUUGACUUGGCGUCAUUAUCUUGCAAUAUAAACCAGGAACCUCACACCUCCGCACUUCAUCGCCACGUGAAGUAAAUGAAGCUAGCUAAGCUGAUGCUGUAAGAAUUAGUAACUUGCCAUUAAGGAUUAUUUUACAGCAUGAACUUUAAAAUAUUUAUUCAGAUGAUAUUUUACUCUUGUAUUCACUUUGGUUUUAGAUUUGUGACAUGAAUAUUUCUGUGCUGCUUUAUUUUGUUCUGAUGAAUUUGUUUCUUGCUUGUAAAUUGCCUUUUUUAUGGUAUAAAGUCAAUCGGAAUUGCUGUUUGUAAAUUAAAAUGCUUCUAGAGCAAA